CUGGAAAAAUUAUAUUAAUUUGGGAAACGCUGGAAGGAAAACAAGAGAAUUUAUUUUACAAAAGAUGGCGUAUUAAUAAAAAUAUUCUAGUGAAUUUAUAAGGAUUAAAAGAUUGAAAAGAAGUGUGUGCUAGUUAAAAUAUAUAUUGUAAAAAUAUCGAAGAAGAAUACUUUAACAUGUACUCCGCUGGCGAUUCAAGUGGAGACGGCCUAAGCGGUCUAAAUCAAUUUGCUGGCAUGAGUGGGUCGAUAGACUGGGCAGCUAUGGCCCAGCAGUGGAUUCAGAUGCAUGAUACUAGUAAUUUUAUGUCGAUGCCAGAUGCACCGCCUCCACCAAAUAUCAGUAAUACGUUUAAUGAGAUUAAUAUGGUAAAUAGUAAUUUGACGGCUACGUCUUCCGGGACCACAAUUAAGAAGUCAUUUGAUGAAAAAGGAGAGGCUGAUAUGGACAUGGACGAGGACGAAGAAAGUGCGAGGUGUGGUAUUACACCGCCACCACCAGCGCCUCCGGCUCAACAAGGCAAAAAUAGAGAAUUAGUUAUGCAACCACAAACACCAUGGUAUAUGCAGCAGCAAAAUUUAGUUGUUGGGCCACCGGUAGCUGAAAAUAUAACUGACAUAGGUAGUACCUCGGGCCCCAUCAUUCCAUCAGCGCCACAAUGGAAUGCCACCGUGUGGCCACCGCGUAUAAACUUACCACCACCAGUACCUCCAACUAUGUUGAAUGUACCGUUAAAUAGUUCCCUGCCAAAUCCUACAGCACAUAUACCAUCCCUACUAAAGAUGAAUGUGCCAAACCCUAACACUGUAAGAAUGAUUUCAGCUAAUACAGGCGAACAAAACCCAACACAAUCCGUGGUGGAUGCAAAGAAAAGAAAAAUGCUUCCAGCAUGGAUAAGGGAGGGUUUGGAAAAGAUGGAGCGAGAAAAACAGAAACAAUUAGAAAGGGAGCAAAGCAAAAAAGAUGAAGAUCCGGAAGAUAUCGAUGGCAAAAAAUAUACAGAGUUUGUAGGUACAACCGAUGAUGCAACGCACACGGUAAACAUGAAAUAUAAACCGUCUGCGGAGAGGGAGAACGAAAGAUCAGGUUUUGAGGAUGAGGGAGAAAUAGAAGACUUAGAUGGCGUGGCUAUAAACGAAGAUACAUUGGUUUUACCGCAAAAUGCUACAACAAACGACGAUAAUGGCAGUGGCAUUAGUGGCGCCGAAUAUGAAACAGAUAACGAAAAUACUACUGACCAGGAAAAUUAUAAGGGUAAAAGAAGCUAUGAAGAUAGACUCGCAGACCUGAUGAUAGUGGUGCGGACAACAUUAACCGAACUCCUACUUGAAGUUACAAAUCAGGAGAUCACAAAUUUGGCGCAAGAAGCAGUCAAUGCGCACAAAGCCAAAGCGUCAUCAGCUCAAGUGAUCCGUAAAAGCGCGCUAUCCUCCAUAACCGGAAAAUUAGGCUUAGCAGCAUACGACGAUUCUACAGGUGACGAGAGCAGCGACUCUGAAGAUGGUGCUUCCGCGGAUAAUGAUCCAAACAAUGACUCAGAGGAGGAAAUAAAGGCGUCCAUACGUGCGAAACGACGCGCUUUUGCAAAAAUAACCGAUGACAUUGAGGAAAGCAUUGUGGCGAAUGCGGCACGUGAAGAACAGAAACUAAAGUACUACUCUUCAUUGGAAAAGCGAAAGGAGGAGAAUAAGAUGUACAAGAAAGAGAUUGCUGUAGGCGAAAUUGAGCGCAGUGAUGAAAAUUCAAGUGGUGUGAGGCCGUCCACGUCGUCGUCCACAACAAGCACAGUUAGUAAAUCAUACGACCGGGAUUUUGGUGAGACAACUGAAACAAAGUUACAAAACUCAAACGGCAAGCGUCAAAAGGAACGGAAUUCGCGAAAAGAACGAACAACACGUUUCAGCGAUAAUAAAGAUUCGAAAAGCGCUGCUGCUGUCGCCGCAACCUAUAUGUCUAAAAUACACAGCACUAACGCAAAUUUGAGUGGAAAUGCAAAUGGUAGCACAAUUUUUCCUAUUUCAUCAACCACAAUCGCCUCCUCAGUGGGGCUGACUUCUGGCAGCUCAUCAACACCUUCGGCUGCAAUGUCUACCGAAAGUUCUCAUAUCGCUUACAAUGUAGCUAGCACAAAACUUGUGGAUGAUAACAGUAGUGGUGGUGUAACCGCAUUAAAUAAAAAUCUAUUAAACGCAGCUGAGGCUGCUUAUGAGAAAGUUACGAAAAGUCAUCGUGCGAGUAGCAGUCGUUCGUCCACUUCACGCUCGGAAAGAGAACGCAGUCAUCGUAGCAGGCAUUAUGAUCAUAGAGAUCGAGAAAAUGACCGUUAUAGGGAACGUGACAGUGAAAGAGAGCGGAAACGCAAUAGGGAGCGCGAAAAUGCGCGUGAUAAUGAUCGCGGAAAAGAGCAUCGUUAUCAUCAAAAAUCACGAGACGAACACUCUAGCGAUGAGGAUGAUAACAAACAUGAAUCGCAAACAUCAUCCAGCGAUACGGAUACCUCGAGUACAUCGUCAACAUCGUCUUCAUCAUCUUCGCAACAAUCAAGCCACUACAGUCGCACAUCGACUUCGUCAAAGAAAAGGCGCGAGCAUGAGUAUGAUCGGCGAAAGCGGCGUGAUGAACGUAGUCAUCGCAGCGCAAGGAGUGGGCGCAGUCGCAGUCAUAGUCGUCAGCGCAGCCAUCACCAUAGUCAACGCGGCAGCAGUUAUCGCCACUCCAGCGCUGAGGAUGACAACGACAGUCGAACACGUUAUUCAUCUUCGCGACAUGGUUCGUCGAGGAAACGUUCGCGUUCACGUUCCCGUUCAACAUACUCAUCUUCAUCGCAUUGGCGUAGACAUUAAUUGAAUGGCGCUUGUGUGUAGUGUCUUUAUAAUUGUAGCAAAGCAAUGUAUUGUGUUAUUUCGAAUGCUUUAUAUCAUUUUUUAUUCUUAUUUUUGUAUUGAUUUAAAUAUUUU